CUUCAGCUGAUGCUAUGUCUACCAACUUUGACUUCACAUUUCCAGCUCCGGGUUCGACUCCACCACAAUUUUCUUCCCCCGAUCCUCAUGCUUUCCAACUUAUGGUUCAGGAUCUGGCAGCAGCUGAAAUCUCAGGUUCUGGUAACUGGGAAAAUGACCGGGAAGGGGUAUUUGAUGACUUCUUCUGAUGGAAAUCGCUCUUCAAUUUGUUAUAUCUCCAUACACGCUAUAGAGAUGCUAACCCUAGACGGAUAGCCUAUGUGGCUCUUAGCACGCAUCUCAACCAAAUCUAAACAACUACCUCUGUACAGUAACAUUCAGGUUGAUGAAAAGCUGACCAACCUAGAUUCGGGAAAGAAUCAGCAAGCUCUGUCAAUGGCUCAGAACAAUAGAUGCUGUUCGGAUGGUCCAGAUCAAUUAUUCAGGAUCAGCAUAGCACAUCACUGAAUUCAAGUGCUAAUUCAGAGGUCGAGGGAAGACCGCGAAAAUCACUUAAUGAGAAAAGGCAGGAGUACCAGGACUUGCUCAUUCACUAUAUGGCACUGCACCUGCUUGCACUAUCUACAAGUGCCUUAGGCAGCGGCGGUCAUUUGAAGUUGCGAGGACCCAGUAUAUUUGACAGUACAAUACAAUGGAUUGGCAAGCUAUUUCAGCCUCAAGAAAAUGAUGAUAUAUUAGCCUAUUGGCUAGCUGACAUAUCCACUCCGUUGGUGCUGCUGGAACAUACAUUGAAAGCUGGUGUACUGCUGGGUAAUACCUCACAGGCAGUCACAUUGGCUACUGUAUUCCAUAGAAUGACACAGAACUAUCAUGGAACCCUUCAAGGUGUAAAUCUUUCUCCCAUUGAUGGUGAUUCAGCUGGCGUGCUGGAUACCUGCGCCAGGCUUCAAGAUUAUCCAGACCAGACAUACUUAAUGAGACUGCAAACACACUCGCCAGUGCUGCUAGUCAGGAAAUUUGAGUGCUCACUGGCAACAUGUCAAGAACCUUGCUAUCUAUCUGAACAUGAUGAAAUCCAAUCAUGUUUAUAGCAUAGCUGACAAGUUGCAAAUUGUGGAGAGACCAGAUGCGCUUAUAAACACCUGUGAACUUUGGAAUGCCUGUAUAUUUAAGAGAGAACACUAUAAGCAAAAUUUUGCCACAGAAUUUUGCUAGUAACACACCGAGCACAAUUUUGCAGCAGAAUCAAAAGUUCAAUAAACAAUCAAUCAACUAAAUCUGUAUCCAAAACUAGUUGAAGUAAAUUUUAUAAAUCCUCUGUAUGAGUUUAGAGGAUUCGUCAUAAUUUAAUUAUUUUUACAGUGGGCUAUCAGACUACUUCAUUCCUCAUCCUUUAUCUCUGACUUGAGAAAAAUAAAGACGUUGUUUGUACCAAAUUACAGAUGAUUUGGUAGAGUGCAGCAGUUAAAGAUCUGUCGCACUGACAAUAACCUUUGUAUAUGGUAA